AUGUAUGCUGCACUGAACAAUAAGGUGGUGUUCAUUGUUCACAUAUACUGUACGGGCAAUAAAGGUGUAGUGUUCAUUGUUCGUAGCCAUGCUGUGCUGGUUUUAAUGGUGGUGUUCAUUGUUCACAUGUAUACUGCACUGAACAAUAAGGUGGUGUUCAUUGUCCACAUGUAUACUGUACUGAACAAUAAGGAGGUGUUCAUUGUUCACAUGUAUACUGCACUGAACAAUAAGGUGGUGUUCAUUGUUCACAUGUAUACUGCACUGAACAAUAAGGUGGUGUUCAUUGUCCACAUGUAUACUGUACUGAACAAUAAGGUGGUGUUCAUUGUUCACAUGUAUGCUGUACUGAACAAUAAGGUGGUGUUCAUUGUUCACAUGUAUACUGCACUGAACAAUAUGGUGGUGUUCAUUGUUCACAUGUAUACUGUACUGAACAAUAAGGUGGUGUUCAUUGUUCACAUGUAUACUGUACUGAACAAUAAGGUGGUGUUCAUUGUUCACAUGUAUACUGCACUGAACAAUAAGGUGGUGUUCAUUGUCCACAUGUAUACUGUACUGAACAAUAAGGUGGUGUUCAUUGUUCACAUGUAUACUGCACUGAACAAUAAGGUGGUGUUCAUUGUUCACAUGUAUACUGCACUGAACAAUAAGGUGGUGUUCAUUGUUCACAUGUAUACUGCACUGAACAAUAUGGUGGUGUUCAUUGUUCACAUGUAUACUGUACUGAACAAUAAGGUGGUGUUCAUUGUUCACAUGUAUACUGUACUGAACAAUAAGGUGGUGUUCAUUGUUCACAUGUAUACUGUACUGAACAAUAGGGAUUCAUUGUUCACAUGUAUACUGCACUGA